AUGGAGCUGGUACCUUUCUCGCAAUACAUCCCGAGCCCGCAACGGAUCCUUAAGGCCAUAACAGCAGGAGCGCUUCCAUUCUUGAGCUCCGAGAAUCCAGCAGACCUGUCAUCCAAACAAUUUUCAUCAUGUCCCAAGCCAGAGAUGAGCUGUCAGGCCAAGUUUGAUGGUCAAGAUACAUGCUGUUUUAAUUAUCCGGGUGGUCAUUUCCUGCAAACUCAGUUCUGGGAUGCAGAUCCGGCUAUCGGGCCGGAUGACUCGUGGACGAUACAUGGAUUGUGGCCAGAUCAUUGCGAUGGUGGGUUCGAUGAAUACUGUGAUUCCCACAGGCGGUAUGGCAAUAUAUCAUUGAUUUUGGUUGAUGGUGGCCGUAGUGAUCUACUUGAGUAUAUGAGUGAAUACUGGAAAGACUUCCGCGGCGAUGACGCUAAUCUGUGGGAGCAUGAGUGGAACAAGCACGGCACGUGCAUAAGCACGCUGGAGACAAAGUGUUAUUCUGGUUAUGUUCCUCAGGAGGAGGUUGUUGAUUAUUUUGAUAAGGCGGUGGACUUGUUCAAGGGUUUGCCUUCUUACAAGACCCUAUCAAACGCUGGUAUUGUACCCUCACAUGAUGUGACGUACAGAAAAGUGGACAUUGAAAAUGCUCUUAAUGAGGCUCACGGCGCACGAGUCACUAUAAGAUGCCACGGGGGGGCUUUCAAUGAGAUUUGGUAUCAUCAUCAUGUUGCUGGGCGCUUACAGACUGGAAAAUUUGAGCCAGCUGAUGCAGUUGGAGGAGGAUCAAACUGUCCCAGCUCUGGUAUUCGCUACAUCCCCAAACGCUCAGCUCCGCCUUCAAAGCCACGUCCUACGGCAACUCAUCAACCCGGGCAACCCGAGCCAACGGGUCCUGUAGAGCCUCGUCGAGGAAAUCUGCGUGUCUAUACGGGUGAUCAACAGCAGCGUGGUUGUCUCAUCAGCGGCGGUACUUGGUUUACGUCUGGUACAUGUGCGACAUUCAAAGCGACGGAUGUCACUGGCGGCUUCCAUGUUCAAACACGCAGAGGAUCCUGCGGCUUCGUAAAGGACGUCUUUACGUGCGGCCAUCAAAUUCAUAACCCUGCACUAUUUGAAAUCUCCGACGACAAUAAAUUGACCUACAAUGGUAACACCACUUUCUUCGCCGACAAAGUUCCCAAGGGUCACGUACAAAGUAAAGUGUUUGCUCAUGGGGAUGGGGAUGAGCAUGCUGUUGAGUUGAGUAUUGCUUGGUUUGAGACAUGA